AACGCACGCAACUCUCCGAACGAAACCCGCUUUCGAGGGUCUCAUCCCCGAGAGUCCACCUCACGAGGGGCCUGAACGCAAAUUUCCUCCCCCUUCCUUGCUUCGUGCCCGUGCGUUCCCCUCCGUCGAUGGCCGCCGAGCCCAACCAGAAGAAAGUCGUGGUGAACUUCCAGUCGGUCGCCAACGCGCCGAAGCUGCGGCAGUCCAAGUUCAAGAUUGGUGGAAAUGAGAAAUUCGCAAAGGUAAUUGAGUUUCUUCGCUGCCAAAUUCACCAGGACACAGUGUUUCUCUACGUGAACAGUGUAUUUUCACCGAAUCCAGAUGAGUUGAUAAAUGAUUUGUACAGUGGAAGAUCCAAUGCUCUUAUUACUUUUAUGUUCCCUGCAAUAUUAUCAUGACCUUCCACAACUACCUAUUUAUCAGUCUCGAAGAGAAGUACAGAAAUAGUGUGCUUGCAAAGUUCGCAAUCCGUUCUAGUCCCUCUGAUCCUGAAACAACGACAAGAAUUUAGGAUUGGAGGGAGUAUAUGUGUGGUCAAGCAAACAAACUUAGCACACGCACCUUACCUAUUAUCCGAGCAACUGAAAUGUGAUAUGCGAUUAAAGGUGGUUAAACAUUUUACUUUUCUUACAUCACAGAACUUUGGAAUCGAUGGGCAGCUGGUGGUCAAUUACGCAUCAUCGAUGGCAUGGGGUUGAAAGGUGUACUAGCUGGAAAUUAACUUCUGCAAACAUGGAAAAGCCUUGCACAACUAAUUUUUAACUUUUCGUCUAGCUGUUAAUGUAAAGCACUGUGAAUUGCUUCAAAUCGAGGCAAUCUAUUGGUUAUUUUCAUGACCAACAUGAUGACAAUCGCAAGGUCAUGUACCCCAUCUUCUACUGCAAUGAAAACCUGAGACAUCUUGUCUUCCCAGUGGACAUAUUUGACAUGUUGUGUUGCCCUACAGCUUGUGUUUCAUUUGGAUGUAGCA